AUGACCGCAAAGCCAGACGCCCAGUCUGGACCGACUUCAUCCGACUCAUUCACCAUAUACUACUUUGCAACUGCAUCACAAUUUACAUCCAAACAUACUGAGCGUCUUCCUGCACCCUUGCCCUUGUCCAAGCUGUACCCGUUGCUCGAGGAUCGAUAUCCGGGGAUCCGGACCAAAGUCUUGGCAAGCUGUGGAAUCAGUCUGCAGAAUGAAUAUGUGGAUGUCGAGGAAGAUGCCGACAGGGUGAUUCAAGCGGGAGAGGAGGUGGCUAUCAUCCCACCGGUCAGUUCGGGGUAG